AUGUUAUGUGAGAUUACUGAUAGUAUGAGAAUAUUGUAUGCAGGACCUCUGCACUCAAUGGUGGAACAUCUGCCUUCAGAUCAUCCUGAAGAUGACAAAAGCUCAGAGGUGGAGACUGCUAUAAAAUCCACACCCAUAACCCAGGCCUCAUGCUUGUUCAUGGACAGUGACGGUGAUGCCGUUGAAGCAUCUUAUCCACACAGCCAGGAGGUGCCUUCACCCAUAAGCAAACAUAAUACAAAGAACCUCAAGGCUUACACAGAGGAGCUGGUGGACCUCCAUCGCAGACUGAUGGCUCUGAGAGAGAGGAACAUCUUACAACAGAUAGUAAACCUUAUUGAAAAGACGGGGCACUUUAACAUCACCAAAACCACAUUUGACUUCGACCUUUUCUCCUUGGAUGAACCAACUUGUGAGUGCAGGACAAUGGCGGAGGCCAGUAUUUCAGUAGAUUUUUCUGUGGAUCAGUUCAUCUGUCCAGUGUGUCUGGAUCUUCUGAAGGAUCCAGUGACUACUCCCUGUGGCCACAGUUUCUGUAAGGUGUGUAUUAAUGGUCACUGGGAUCAGGAGGACAGGAAGGGUGUCUUCAGCUGCCCCCAGUGUAGAGAGACUUUCACUCCAAGGCCUGAUCUACGCAGGAACAACAUGCUGACUGAAGUGGUGGAGAAACUGAAGAAGACUGAACUCCAAGCUGAUUCUCCUGCUCACUGUUACACUGGACCUGGAGAUGUGGAGUGUAAUUUCUGCACUGGGAGAAAACACAAAGCCGUCAAGUCCUGUCUGGUUUGUCAGGCCUCCUAUUGUGAAGAUCAUCUUAAACCUCACUAUCAGUCUCCUGCCUUUAAGAAGCACAAGUUAGUUGAAGCCUGUGCAGAGCUCCAAGAGAAGAUCUGCUCUGAACAUGACAAACUGAUGGAGAUCUACUGUCGUACUGACCAAAGCCUCAUCUGUGACUUGUGUACGAUGGAAAAACACAAAGGUCAUGAUACUGUUUCAACUAAAGCAGAAAGAACUGAAAAACAGAAUGAGCUAAAGGAGGAGCAGAUGAAAUCCCAGCAGAGGAUCCAGGAGAAGCAGAAGAAGGUGCAGGAGCUGAAACAGACUGUGGACAUUAUUAAGAUACGUUCACAGGCAGCAGUAGAUGACAGUGAGAGGAUCUUUACUGAGCUGAUCAGCUCCAUGGAGAAAAAGCGCUCGGAGGUGAAGGAGCUGAUCAGAACUCAGGAGAAAGCUGAAGUGAGUCGAGCUGAACGACUCCUGAAUCAACUGGAGCAGGAGAUUGCUGAUCUUAAGAGGAGAGUCACUGAGCUGGAGGAGCUUUCACAAACACACGAUCACAUCCAUUUCCUCCAGAGUUUCCCGUCUCUCUGUGUCUCUCCUGGAUGUGAAGACUCACCCAGCUUCACUGUCAAUCAACAUCUCUCAUUUGAUGGAGUGAGGAAAUCUCUCUCAGAUCUGAAAGAACGAGUCGAGCAAAUCUGUGAGGAGGAAUUCAACAAAAUGCGUCCACAAGCUACAGCAGUUCAGAUGGUUUUACCCUCAGAACCAAAGAGCAGAGAAGAUUUUCUGCAGUAUUUCUGUUAUCUGACUCUGGAUCCAAACACAGAACAUCCUAUACUCAUCCUGUCUGAGAAGAACAGAGUGGUGACACGCAGAAUGACACACCGGCGAUACUCUGAUCAUCCAGAGAGAUUUGACUACUGUACUCAGGUGUUGUGUAAGGAGAGUGUGUGUGGACGCUGUUACUGGGAGGUGGAGAGGAGAGGUGAUGUGUUCAUAUCAGUCUCAUAUAAACAGAUCAGCAGGAAAGGACGGAGUUAUGAGUGUGGGUUUGGACUCAACAGUCAGUCCUGGAGUCUGCGGUGUUCUUCUUCCUCUGUCGCUUUCUAUCACAACAAAAUUAAGACUAAGUUCCGAGGUCCAGCAUCCUCCAGAAUAGGAGUGUAUGUGGAUCACAGUGCAGGAACUCUGUCCUUCUACAGCGUCUCUGACACGAUGAGGCUCCUCCACAGAGUCCACACCACAUUCACUCAGCCUCUAUACGCUGGGUUCAGGAUAUGGAGUUAUAAGUCAUCUGUUAGGUUAUGUGAUCCAUAAUGAAAUGUUGGUAAAAGUGUUUAUUAAAAUUAUAACUGAGGUGUGAGAUUUAAUUUCUCCCUGAGCUACACUGGACAUUUUGUGUACAGAAACUGGAACAGUAAUGAAUGCAGAAUGUAGGAUGUUUCUAGAAAGAAGAAAUGUUCUCAAACAGACUAUUUAACUGUAUGCACUAUUAGGAGGAUUUAUUAUCCUGAUAUGAAACAUUACAAUGUCUAAAAAAAACUCUCUUUUUGCUUUGGCAAAGAUUGUUUUCUCCAAAAAACUGCUGUGUCUUUCUGUGCUUCUGCUUGUGGAAACACAUCCUACUGUGUAAAAGACGCUUAUUAUUUUAGAUCAUGAACCAUUUUCUGGUUAACAGUCCAGUUACCACACAGUGAACAGAAUUAUUCACACUCCUUCCUCAAUCUGCAAAAAUUUAUACUUAAAAUUUAAUCUAGGAAUUAAUUUAAAUCUAGUUCUUGACUGAUGAUUUACUAAAUCAAAUGUUAUCUAAUAUUAACGUGUGUGUGUGUGUGUUUUCUUCACAUUUUACCAAAUCAGAUUUUACUUUUUGUUCAAAUGGAGGAAUACAAAUGAAACCUUAUUAUUUAAUCAUUUAUUCACAAAAUAUAAAGUGAUCAAGUAAAAUGAACAAAAAAAUGAACUAUUAAUUUGACAAAAUUAAGGUGGCCAAAAGCUUUACGAGCUUUGGGCAAAAGGUCUUUGUCCACUACACAGCCAUCGAAUCUGAGCAGCAAAAAACAAAGAGGUCUUUAUGAUGAUCAUAAUCUCAUAAUGUAUUAAUAACCUUAAUGCACAUUUCCAUGAUCUUAAUGAACAAACUUUUUACAGAUAUUUUAUUAUUUGUUAAUGACUUGUAAUCUACUCCUAAUCUCAUUUUCAUCAUAAUCUACUCAUGAUAUACUAAUAAUCUCACAUACACUAUAUUGCCAUUCGCUCACCUGCCUUGACUCGCAUAUGAACUUAAGUGACAUCCCAUUCCUAAUCCAUAGGGUUCAAUAUGACGUCAGUCCACCCUUUGCAGCUAUAACAGCUUCAACUCUUCUGGGAAGGCUGUCCACAAGGUUUAGGAGUGUGUUUAUGGGAAUUUUUGACCUUUCUUCCAGAAGCGCAUUUGUGAGGUCACACACUGAUGUUGGACAAGAAGGUCUGUCUCUCAGUCUCCGCUCUAAUUCAUC